CCUACACCAAUUUUUCUUGAGGUUUGUCUAUUUUCUGCAAUUCAAUAUCUAAACUUUGUUUUUCUCCAUCUUUCUUCUUCUUCAUUUAAACUUAUCUUAAUCUCAAAAGUGUGACAACAUGAUCGAACCUCAACAAGCAACAACACCUUUAGCUCCAUAUGUUAUUCGUAACUUCAUAUUACCUUUACUCGUAUACACCGAUAAAUCCUUAAUAAACUUAACUCAUAAGUUUAAACUAUUCAAAUUAAUUCGUUACACUUUAGUCAAAACCUUUUUAUUCUUUCUUAAAAUCAUCCAGUCUUUCUUCCUUUUUUAUUCCAAUUUCAAUCCCAAUCCCAACUAUGACAACGAUUUUUAUUUAGGUUCGUUUUUGGAUUCAGAUUCUGAAACCAAUGGAACUUAUUUAAAGGUCCCUUUUAUAAAAGGGACCCAAGAACAUAAGAAAAUUGGAGAACAUAACGUAACUGGUGACACGUGCAUAGCACGUGCACUUGCUCAGUUAUUAGCUAUAGUUAAUGAAAUACCAGUUAGUUCAAGGAAGUACGAGGUUGUCAGAUCAUAUGCGGAGAAACUAAUAGAUGCAAAUCUCAAGGAGAAUCAUGAGGCGUUACGAAAAGUUAACGCCGCGGUUUUGUCGCAUGCGUUUUCACACGCGCUUCGACAACUUGAAAUGGCGGCUGAGGUGGCGGCUGUGGUGGAGAAUGAUGAUAGUACAAUGAUUAAAAGUAAAAGUAAGGGUGGUGGUGGUCGUUUUGGGUUGACCCGGGUGAUAAAAACAGUUGGUUAUUAUGGUGAUGUUGCUUGGACCCGGUUAAGAAAAAAGAAAACGGCCCGGUUUGAGGGUUCGGCUGAGAAGUUGUCAGCUGAGCUGCUUUGGUUGGCUGAGAAGUUAGCGGCUUGUGGGAGUGGUGAUGAGGCUGUUCGUGAAUGGGCUUCGGCUUCUAAGCUGGCGUCUGUGGCUCUUUCGGCUCAGCUAAGACUACAAGGAUCGUUGGUUAAACUUUCUGCAUUCUUGUUCAAGCAAGCGGCGAAUAUGGGAGGUGAAGACCAAGAAGAGGGUAACAUGGAGGAAUUAAGGAAAAUCAAAAUGACAUUGUUAAUGUCAUGGCUACCGUUUAUGUGCCAAGCAAGCCUUGGAACAGACGCACCCGUGCUAACAAUUAAAGAGAAGCUUGAGCUAGAAAAUGUCUUAGGAGAACUCAUAGGGUCUUUAAAACAUGAAGAAGAACAAGAAAAGGUCUUGUCUUUAUGGCUCCAUCACUUCACUCAUUGCCCAUCUUCUGAUUGGCCCAACCUACAUCUUUACUAUGCUCGUUGGUGCACCGCUUCUCGCAAGCUAUUGAUCCUCGAGGGAAAGUAAGUCAAGCAAACAAGAACCGUCAUUGUUAAUCUUGUGCGGCGAAGCACAGAUUCUUUUAACUAACAAAAGCACGAAAAAGGACUUAUCACCAAGAAUCCAAAUGCAGAAUGAUGGAUUUAUCUUUGUCUUGUAUAUUUUGGUAAAUGAUCAUAUUUAUUUGCAAUAAAAUGUGAAUAUGUUCAUAUUAA